GAAGGAUAAAGAUACUAUGGAGCCAUUGAUAGGAGCGAGUUAGGGAAAAUAAAUAAGAACGGAGGAAGGAAGACUUCUUGUUUACCCUUAAAAGGUUGGCGAAGGGGGAAGAGAGAGAGAGAAAGAAAGAGAAGCAAGAGAAAAGAGAAGAGAGAAGAGAGAUGCACAAUCCAUCCCUGGGCGUUUAUUUUCACCUGUUCAGGGAAAACCCUUAAUGAGUCCUGCGUCCUUAUCUCCUCUCCGGCCAAGAUGCAAACAGGUGAGUCGAGAGAGCCUUGACUUGUCUUCGGGGGACAGUGGGGGUAGGGAGAGGGGAGGGGAGGAGGGGAAGGGUCACCGGGGCCCCCUCUCCCUCCCUUCCUACCCUCCCUCCCCCCUCCCUCCCGUUGCCUUCAAGAGGAUGGGCUUAACAUCCGGUAGCGCGGGGAAAUCGUGGUGGCGCUCUGGCGUGGCACCGAGGGCGAGCGAGAGAGAGAGCGAGAGCCCGGGAGGAGAUAAGAUUAAAACACCUUCAAAGUCAAUUCAGUUGCACGAUUCCUGCGGCGCUCCUGAGCCACUCGCCCUCCGUCAGCGCUUGGCCUCCCCUCCCCCACUCCCCCUGAGGACACGAGGCUCGAGCCCCCCCCCCCCCAACCCCCUCCUCCUACGAAAGGACUCUUACUCCCGAAGCGACGUCCGUCCCAGUGCCUUCGACACAGUGCCACUCGCCGCUGUCCUCCAGGAGUCCCAAAUGCCGGUACGACAGGUGGCAGGAUGUCGAAACACAUGAAGGUCAGUCCAGAUAAAGGAGAGAGUUAGAAAGAGUGAGAAAGAGAGGUAGAAAACCAGAAAGAGUGAGAGUGAGAGUGAGAGUGAGAGUGAGAGUGAGAGUGAGAGUGAGAGUGAGAG